UGCACCGUUCGUGUCCCCAAUCUCGAUUCUCUCACUCCUCUCGUUAAACAAAUAAACCCCUAGAAACAAUAAACAAUACUCAGUUAUCAAUGAAAAUGGAGGCCUCGAGGUCAAUGGACACCGACGAUGAUCCAGUAGUGAAAGAGAUCCCGGUCUAUCUGUCAAAGACCCUCGCGGACAAACUUUUCAUCUUCCAAUACCCGAUAAAGCCAGCGCGGGAUGGCUACGACAACGCCGAGUUUUUGAAAACCGCUAUAAAACCAGAGAACCAAGAGGUUCGAAUAGAAGUGGGUAUCGAGCCCGGCGGUCCGAACUACGACCACCGAAAGGGUGAGCAGAUAGUUCUAAACGCAGACGGUCCCAUGGACAGAUUUGCGCAAGACACCAAAGACAGAUUAUUCGAAGGCGGCAUGAUGGACAGAAUAGUCCUCCAGUCCUCUAGAGCUUUGCCAGACUGCUCUAACUAUGCAGUGGGUAUCUUCCAAGAUGGUGAGCUGCACGUCACUCCCUUGAAAGGCAUAAUCCAACUGCGUCCCCAAUUCAACUACCUCGACUUGAGCGAGAAGAACGCGAAAGAGGAUGCCAAGAAAUCAGCGGAAGAGGAGCCUGAGGAAGAGGCAAGACAGGUGAACGUGACAUUUGCAAGGCAGAAGUCAGAGUGGGCCCAGAAGAGAAAGGAGCAGUCGUUCCAAGAGCACUCGAAGAAGAGUUCCGAGGAGAAGUGGAUCCACACGACUUACAGAAAUGUCAACAGCACUCAGUCAGACCUCACGAGAUUCGAGAUGUUCUGUGCCUUGGCUGACGACAAGGCCAACAACUUGAGACUCUCUACGAAGGAUUACGUCAAGCUUCUGGCACCUCCUGCCAAGCCCGAUGAGUACUCGAAAGCUAAUGUCCCUGCAUCAUCCUCUCUGACUUAUGUGAGAACACUGCCUCUACUGGAUCAGAUUCGAAUAAUCAUGAAGGACGCGAGAAUUCUAUCGUUCUUCCAACUCAGAUCGAUAAUAGCUUCUGAUCAUGAGACGUCAGCUAUUCUGAAGUAUCUGCAGCAAGUCGCUGUUUUGGUUCAGGGAAAUUGGAUAGUCAACAGUGAAUUGAUUUAUCCGAAAGAUACAAAAUCAUCACAUAAUGGGAUACCGGCGGAACUGAUGUGCAGAGCUAGGGAUUAUAUUCUGCUGCUAUUCACAGAGAAUGAGUUUGUGGAUAGGAAGGCUGUGUCAUCGGUGAUAAAGUUGCCGAUGGAGGAGAUCAAAGAGAUCUUCACGAAUCUAGCGAGGACUCAGCCCAAGAAGGGGUGGCAACUGAUUUUGCAAGCUAGCACGGAAUUCCAAACGAGGUACCCUGAGAUUGCCCAGAGGCAGGAGUUGUUCUGGGAGGCUAAGAGGAAGCAUCUGAAGGAUGUCAUGGAGGCACCCAGUCAACCUCCUCAAAGACAGAGGAGAAAGUCGAACCGGGAGUCUGUUGGAUCGGAGAAUGAGGAGAGGAAUGUGGGGAGGGGGCGAAAUCGGCAGAGGGACUCUUCCAUGUCUGAUGAUGGGGCUGGGGAGCCUGUGAAGAGUAAAAAGGGGAAUCGAGGGAGGAAAGCUUCGGAGACGACGUGACAUACUAGGAGGUAGUUAUUUAAUGGUGAUUCAACUUUGGAUACACGUCAUUUCGUUAAUGUCUUGGGGAGUAGGGGAUUUGAAAGAGAUUAUCGAAAGCUUUUCGAAGGAUAAUAUUAUUGUCUUUGUGAGGAGUCUCUUGAAAAAUUCUUUUCUUGGAAUUUUUCGCGUGGGAAUUGGUGUUGCAUACUCACCCAACUUGGAAACUUGAAAAUCACUACAAAAAAUAUUAUCCCGGGCUGUUGCGAUGGGUUUUUUUCACUCACAAGGUAGGCCAAUCGCCAUAGGAGUAAAAAAAACCCUUCGCAAUAGCCUGGAAAAUACUAUUUCAGCUCACAGGCUUCUGAGACAUUAACGAAGUCAUCUGUCUGCAAUUUUCUACUCUCGUUUUUAUUUAACUAUUCCAAUGAUGAGGCAGAAUACAGAGGAAGUUUAUAUUGACUGCGAACAACAGUAAUUUGAAUUUGUUUGAUUCAUUUUUAUUAGCUAGAUCGAUUCAUCCCAGAAAAUAUGAGCAAAUUAUUCGCUUAAGGAAUUUUGAGUAAUUAUAUGUGGUGAAAACAAUUCUCUUAAUUGAAAAUUUUCCACUGAUACUUUUUACAAGGUUUCGGCUAAUUUUUCGUAAGAAUGCAUGAAAAAUUCCUUCGGACUGUAAUAGAGAUUCUGAAUUAAUGAAGUUAUCUACGAAUUCAGAGAGAUAAAUGGGAUGUUUUGCUCUAGUAUGUGAAAACUGCCAGUUCACUUAACAAUAUUAUAAUUAAUGCCACUACUUCAGUUUUUCUAUUUCAAUAUUAAUGAUGAUAGAGUCGACACUGUGUGUUUAUUUUAUGUCCUGCGAGGCUGAAAUGUAUUCGUCGAAUACGUCAACACUGUAAAUAUACUGCGAUAUAUCAAGACAAGAAGAUUCAUAAAUAAAAAC